UAAAUUAUAAUCACUAAUUGAAUCAACCUGAUGGUUGAUAGUUGCAACAAUUAAUUGCAGGAAGGAUUUCAGCUGUAUUCCUUAUCUUUUUACCGAUAUUUCUUCUAUCUUCCACCACCAUCCAUAUCUCUCACUACCUCUCUCCACCGCCUAUGGUUUUAAGUUUAAACUGGGGUUAGAUGGUCAACCUCUACCUUCUGCUUCCUUCUAAACUUCUUACGCUCCUCCAAAGUCCAAACCACCGCCUUUACCAGAUUAUCUGCUUCUGAUUCUGAUAGAGAACAAAUAAUCCACUCAUCCUUCUUCCUUACGUCGACUCUGCUUCUUUCCCGUUCUCCUCAACCGUGGUAACCGCCCCCACCUCAUCCGGAAUAACCCACCGCCUCAUCUCGAUUCUUCCAGAUUAUCCUUUUGUUAACUCGCUCCCUGCAGUCUCCGGGAACCCUAAAUUCAUCUCUACCGGAACCGGCGUCCGCCACCCGUACGAUUCCUUAUCUGUCUUUCCGUAUUUCUCCAACUGUGUACGUCUUCUCUCCAUGUGCCUCUUCACUAAUUUGGGAUAUCUCCUUUUGUGUCUUCUAUUUACACGGAUUGCUUACUUCCCGACCCUCAAAUAAACGUGGGGUCGUCGAUUUCCGUCAAAUGACCCGGCCUCCCCUGGCUCUUCCACCGUCGGGCUCCCUUUCCUCCCUAUGCUCCCCCGGCGCAGGCCUACCACGCUUCGCAUGUUUAUUUCAAAGGUUAGGGUUUACAGUUAUGUUGAUCUGCUUUGUAGGGGGAGAUGAUGAUGAUGUCAACAUGCUAUUUGAUGGGAUUUCAUCUGUAUUUGAUUCUUUGGAAUCUAAAGAAAGUUCAAAUACAGACAUGGAAGAAGAAGCUUAUGAGGCAAUUAUUAAAAAAGAAUCAAGGAAGAAACGCAAGAACUCUGAGCAAAAGAAGCAGUUCAUGGAGCUGCUACUGUUGCUGAAGCUGAAGUUUGACACCAAACAUCGUACAUUAUUAACCGGAACCCCUCUCCAGAACAACUUGGAUGACCUUUUCAUGCUCAUACAUUUCCUUGAUGCUUUGCUGGGAAGGAUCCAUAAGAGUUUAACCUCCCAUCUUCUAAAGGGUGUUGGAGAUGGAGAGUUAAUAAGGUUCUUGAACAUAGACCUCAUCCCCCAAUCUACAGACUACAAGUAUCCCCUUAAUUGUGAUUUCUUCCUAAGGACCAAUUAUGUAAACAUUUUCUGCAGCAAAAGACCAUUUUGUUAUGUUUUUAUGCCACAGAGAGAAAUUCGACAAUUUUUGUAA